AUGCUCAGUGCUUCUCCUAAACCCUUUUUGUUUAAGAAUGACACAGUGGCCGAGGACGUUUUCAACUGGUGGAAGCCCAUACAGGGUUCUAGGGAGAACUUUACUUACUUCAAGAUGACAGUGGAGAAGACGUUUCAGAUGAUCCCCCCCUCUCUGGAAGUUAUGAAACCCAGUCCUGGACGCUGCAGGACUUGUGCUGUGGUUGGUAAUUCUGGUCACUUGAAAGGAUCACGUUAUGGACCUCUGAUCGACUAUCAUGAUGUUGUGAUAAGAAUGAACAGAGGCGUUACCAAAGGAUAUGAAGAGGAUGUUGGGACCAAGAUAACUCAUCGUGUAUUGUAUCCAGAGAGUGCACCCAGAGUGGAAAACACCACCCAUAUUGUGUUUAUUCCAUACAAAAUACGUGAUUAUGAGUGGCUUCGUAAAGCUAUGAGUCCAGAGUAAGUGUUACGUAUUGCUGCUAUCUGUAAAUCAAAAAAUGUUAGUAACUGUGACUUCCAACAGGUGACGAUCCUCAGUCCAGCUUUCAUGAAAUAUGUUUAUGACGUGUGGCUGAACAAGAAGGACGGGUACGGGUCGACUGGCUUCAUGACUGUGGUUCUCAGCUUGGUACUUUGUGAUGAGGUCAGUGUGUUCGGGUUUGGAGCUGACAGUGAUGGAAACUGGAGUCACUACUUUGAACGGUUCAAAUAUCUAGGUCUAGGAACUGGACUUCAUUCAGGAAAGGUUGAAUAUAGUAUUUAUAAAAGACUACACGAGGAGAAGAAAAUACGAUUUUUCAAAGAAAUGUAAUUUUUAAUAUUUGAUUUUGUCUUAGUCCUGUCUUAAGUCUAUUUGAUAUUUCCAUUGUUAUAAAUGCAUUGUAUAUAUAUGAGUGUGUGCUUGUUUGAAGGACUUCUUUAACUUUCUGUUAUUAUUGUGUACACUCAAGUUAAACAACCUUUGCCACGCCCUUCCCCCUUCAUCU